GAAGUCCGAGGAGGGGACAGCCCCCCCCUCCGCGGUAGCUCCUGGGGGGGGUGUGCCAGGAAGCGCGUGGCAGAUCUCAAAGUCACAAGUUGCCGAAUCUCGGCGGCGCCUCGAGGGAGUCAGGGCACCCCGCACCCCGCUCCGAGCUGGCCAGCAGCUGGGAGGACUGGGAAUCGCCCGUGGUGGGAGCUGGAGGGCCCCGGUGACUCCACCCGCCGCCUCCCGCCGCUCCUCCUCCCGCUGCACAGCCCAGCUGGGAUAUAAGCAAGUCACUCACACAACCAGGAGCAGCCGAGACAGCUGGGUGGGUGGCGUGGGACGCCGAGCCGUGACCUGUGCCGUUGUCCUUCGCCUCGACGCCGGGCCCCAUGGCGACGCCUUCCCAGAAGAGGAGCACCCGCAGCGGGGCUUCGGGGACCCCCUUGUCCCCCACCCGCAUCACCCGCUUGCAGGAGAAGGAGGACCUGCAGGAGCUCAAUGACCGCUUGGCCGUCUACAUCGACAAGGUGCGCUCGCUGGAGCUGGAGAACGCCGGCUUGCGGCUCCGCAUCACCGAAUCCGAGGAGGUGGUGAGCCGCGAGGUCUCGGGCAUCAAGGCCGCCUACGAGUCGGAGCUGGCGGAUGCCCGCAAGACCUUGGAUUCGGUGGCCAAGGAGAGAGCCCGGCUGCAGCUGGAGCUCAGCAAAGUCCGGGAGGAGCACAAGGAGCUGAAAGCCCGGAAUGCCAAGAAGGAAGGGGACCUGCUGACCGCCCAGGCGCGCCUCAAGGACGUGGAGGCCCUGCUUAACUCCAAGGAGGCCGCGCUCUCCACGGCCCUGGGCGAGAAGAGGAACCUGGAGUCCGAAGUGCGGGACCUGAGGGGGCAGGUGGCCAAGCUGGAAAGUGCCUUGAGCGAAGCCAAGAAGCAGCUGCAGGAUGAGAUGUUGCGCCGCGUGGACGCCGAGAACCGGCUGCAGACACUGAAGGAAGAGCUCGAAUUCCAGAAGAACAUUUACAGCGAGGAGCUGCGGGAGACCAAGCGCCGCCACGAGACCCGGCUGGUGGAGAUUGACAACGGGCGGCAGCGGGAGUUCGAGAGCAAGCUCUCCGAAGCCUUGCAGGAGCUGCGGAGACAGCAUGAAGACCAGAUCAGGCUUUACAAGGAGGAACUGGAGAAGACCUAUGGGGCGAAGCUGGAGAACGCCAAGCAGUCGGCUGAGAGGAACAGCAACAUGGUGGGUGCUGCCCACGAGGAGCUGCAGCAAACCCGCAUCCGCAUCGACAACCUCUCCUCUGAAGUCAGCCAGCUGCAGAAGCAGUUGGCCGCCAAGGAGGCGAAGCUGCACGAUUUGGAGGAUAUUCUGGCCAGGGAACGCGAGACCAACCGGCGCCUGCUCUCCGACAAGGAGCGGGAGAUGGCCGAGAUGCGGGCGCGCAUGCAGCAGCAGCUGGACGAGUACCAGGAGCUGUUGGACAUCAAGCUGGCUCUGGACAUGGAGAUCAACGCCUACCGCAAGCUGCUGGAGGGCGAGGAGGAGCGGCUGAGGCUGUCCCCCAGCCCUUCCUCCCACAAAGGGGCGUCCCGCAGCCACUUGUCCACCCCGGGCUCCUCCAAGAAGCGGAAGCUGGAGGACAGCGAGAGUCGGACCAGCUUCUCCCACCACGCCAGGACAAGCGGCCGCGUCGGCGUGGAGGAGGUGGACUUGGAGGGCAGAUUCGUCCGUCUCAGGAACAAGUCCAACGAGGACCAGGCGAUGGGGAACUGGCAGAUCAAGCGGCAGAAUGGAGACGAUCCCCCCAUCACCUACCGCUUCCCCCCGAAGUUCACCCUGAAGGCUGGCCAGGUGGUCACGAUCUGGGCCUCGGGGGCCGGGGCGACCCAUAGCCCCCCCAGCAACGUGGUGUGGAAAGCCCAGAGCAGCUGGGGCUCCGGGGACAGCCUGCGCACUGCCCUCAUCAACUCCAACGGGGAGGAGGUGGCCAUGCGGAAACUGGUCCGCACCGUGAUCAUCAACGAUGAAGACGAGGAUGAAGACGACGAUGACGCCAUCCACCACCGCCAUCACCACGGUAGCUGCAGUGGCUCUGGGGACCCCGGUGAAUACAACCUGCGCUCGCGCACGGUGGUCUGCGGCACGUGCGGCCAGCCGGCCGAGAAGUCAGGCGGCCAGAACACCGGUAUCAACACCGUGUCCUCGGGCUCCUCCACUUCCAGCGUCACCGUCACCCGCAGCUACCGCAGCGUCGGCGACUCCGGCAUCGGCCUUGGGGAGAGCCUGAUGAGCAGGAACUACCUCCUGGGGACCUCCAGCCCCCGUAGGCAGGCUCAGGCCGUGCAAAACUGCAGCAUCAUGUAACUCCGUGGCACCAUUCCUGUGUUUGCUGGCCGUCUCCAGCUCGUUUUUUUCCCAAAGCAAAAGAAAUAUUUUUUUUUUUCCCCCCCUUUAAAAAAAAAUGAUACCAAAAACCAAGGUUGGGGUUUUUGUUUUCUAUAGCAGGAAUUUUAUAUAUAUAUAUAUAUAUAUAUUAAAAAUGCUAAAAGAUGCUUUGAUUUUUUUUUUUUGUAAAGAAAAAAAAUCUAUUUCUAUAAAAAAAACCAAACAAACAAACAAACAAAAAAAAAAAAAAAGCUUUUCAGCUUCGUAAUUUUUUUAAAACUUCAGCCAAAGACACCAAGGAGUCGUGUUUACCGAACAGCCCCGCGGGAGGAGAUUGUCGUUUAAUAGCUCUUUAGAUUGUACCUUUUUUUGCCAAAGCUUUUUUAUCCAGGAGCGGGAGAGGCCGCGCCGUCGGAGGGGCUGGGGCAGAGGCCGAGCCCCGACGCUGGCGCCCAUCGUCCCGCCGGGCCGUGGAGGUCGCUGUCUCGAGCAGAGCGCGGCACCUCCGCCACCCUUAUUUUUGGUUUUUUUUGGUGGUUUUUUUUUUUUUUUUUUUUUUGAGGGGGUGGGCGGUUUCUGAAAACCCAAAAUUCCCUUUCUUUUUUUUUUUUUUUUUUUUUUGGAUUUUUUUUCAAUUUUACUGCAGGGGGGGGCUCCCGUGGGGGUGGCUGGCGGGCGACGCCCCACGUCUCUCCGCGGCCGUGCGGGCAUUUCCCCCGGCUUGGCCCGCGUGCGCCCUCCCGGCGCUCCACGUACUGUAUCGCCCACCCCAGGCACCUCUUGCCCUUUGGGUUUUCGUUAUUUUUUUUUUAUCAAACAGCCCAGUUGUGCCUUAGCCGAGGCUGGGAGCCCCCUCCUGGCCCCCUGCACGGCGUGGAUGUAGAAGGAGUUUGGGAAGUGAAAACCCACCGGAGCUGCAUCCCGGGACCAGGUGGAUUUGACGGAUGGGGUGAUGGAGCUCGGACCCCGUGGACCCCCCUCUUUUGGGGCUGCCGCAUCCAGUGGGGUUCACCCCGGUUUUUUUCUCGGCCGCGGUUAGUUGGGCUCUCCUCCGGUGGCGGGAGCUCGGGAGCCCGUUUCGGGGAAGGAUGAGGCCAAGGAUGCUGAGUCCAGGACAGGGCUGGUUUGCCAGGAGGGUGCUGAGAAAGGCUUUUUGUCCCAGUGAGGGGGAUUUUGGGGUCCGGCGCGGGCAGCUCCCCUCUCUGCAAGGGUCCAUCCAGCCGGUGACGGAGAUUUCAGCUUUUUGCCUCGAUUGGGGAACGCCGGCAGCACCCCCUGCCUCGAGCGCGGCCCGGGGGCAGGAUCGGGUCCCCAACAUGAGCCCCCCCUCUCCCCCCGACUCCGGCGGGAUCUGGUGAGACCGCGUUUGUAUUUGUGCUUGCAAAGCUUCCGUAUUACUGCCUGUAUUUCCUUGCAGAAUCAAUACAGCUGAACCCUUUCCA